AGAUCUCAUGACCCCACGACGAUAGACACGUUAUUCAGGUUUCAUAUACUACCUGUGGACGGUCAUACGACAGGCCCAUUUGCCUAUUCGUGUAUUUGUAGUACCCGCGUUUAGUUACUGGGAAGCCUGGCUUUCUGUCUAGUCGCCGCAUAGAUUGGAUGGGAUGCUGCUCAGCAAAUGUGGCUCACGAAUCAAGAUGCGUUGGUGGCGACAAUUGGCGAUUUGUCCGUGACGAGGUCGACGGCAGAUACGACGCGACGCAGGAUUGUUGCAAGUCUCAAGUUUAAGGGGGGCAGAGGAUGGCUUCGAAGUCGUCUGCCGCCCUACUACACAAUACACUCUCCGUGGGCGGAACGCUCGCUCACGACACAUUCUGUAUGUUCCAACAAUCGUGGCAAUUCGAGGCCCCCGGAAGGCCCUUCGACGUAUCCAACUCACGUUAGGUUACGUGCUUGGUAUCCUCCGUACCCGAUCGCCGAUACUGUAAGUGUGACGCCCAGCCCGCGGACCGCUGGCCAUACAUGGCUCAGUGUACAUACCCUCAUCACUGGCAACUGCACGCGGAUAAGAAAAAUCGGCAGUUGGGCGACUCUCCGAUGUGACGUUGUUUCUGAUUCAUCUGACCGUGACUGCGAGUGUCUCACCGAUAAAUGGAUUUGGAAUAGGGCUGUCUCGGAUCGUCGUGGGGACUUACAAGGGGAACUAUGUGCGCCGGUGUAUCGGUGUUGGAUGGGACGCUUAUUAUGUCUCUGCCGUCACGGUGGCAGCCGCGAUUUCAAUGACCGGACACUGUCUUGACACGCCGCUGCUGAUGCGGGAGCAUAGGUGUACAGCUAUGCAAUACUGGUGUAGGCCAAUUGACCUCUGUGUCGAACACUUCGCACAUGAACCG